CUCCCUCAUCAAACCCUACUCCUAAUUCCCAUUUAGUCAACUCCAUACUCCCAUCUCGGUCUCUUCCUCGUCUAAGCAGCUACUUGGCGCUCUCUCUCUCUCUCUCUCUCCUCUCUCUCUCUCUUCCCCCCCUCUCUCCCCUGUACGUACACACACACACACACACACAUAUAUAUAUACACACAUAAUACGUACCCUUCUUCCUUGAUCUUCCGAUUUAGCAUCAUAAUCCAGUCAGUAAUGGACGGCGGCGGCCUGGCCGAGGCGCAGUACGUGAAGGCGAAGACGUCGGUGUGGUGGGACAUCGAGAACUGUCUGGUCCCCAUAGGGUGCGAUGCUCACGCCAUUGCCCAGAACAUAAGCUCCGCCCUCGUCAAGCUCAAUUACAAAGGCCCGGUAUCUAUCUCUGCCUACGGAGACACCACCAGGAUUCCUUCCUCUGUCCAGCAAGCUCUCUCUAGUACCGGGAUCGCCCUUAAUCACGUCCCUGCAGGUGUUAGAGAUGCAAGCGACAAGAAGAUUCUGGUGGACAUGUUAUUCUGGGCGGUGGACAAUCCGGCACCUGCUAACUAUCUGUUGAUUUCCGGAGACCGGGACUUCUCCAAUGCGCUGCAUCAGUUGCGCAUGAGACGAUAUAACAUCCUUCUAGCACAACCGCAGAAAGCAUCAGCACCGUUAAUCGCAGCUGCAAAGAGCUUAUGGCUCUGGACCAGUCUCUUGGCUGGGGGAUCACCGUUACCUGGUGCUCAUGCUAGCAGAGUUCAAAGCCCCCCAAACUUUCAGCAGCAAAGUUCAAACCCGAAGCAGACAUCUGCUAGUGAAUCCACGAAGGGCAAGAACAAAGGUAAAGGUGUAAAAGAUGGAAGUAAGAACCACAACAUACCGCAGACGAACCAUGAUGGAUCAGGCCAAAAAAACCAUAAUGGUACAGAUCCACGAAGUUCAAACCCAAAGCAGACAUCUGCUAGUGAAUCCACGAAGGGCAAGAACAAAGGUAAAGGUGUAAAAGAUGGAAGUAUCAACCACAACAUGCCGCAGACGAACCAUGUUGGAUCAUGCCAAAAAAACCAUAAUGGUACAGAUCCACUAAGUUCAAACCCAAAGCAGACAUCUGCUAGUGAAUCCACGAAGGGCAAGAACAAAGGUAAAGGUGUAAAAGAUGGAAGUAAGAACCACGACAUACCGCAGAGGAAACAUGAUGGAUCAAGCAAAAAAUGCCAUAAUGGUACAGAUCCACCUCCUAUUUCCUCUGGCAUUGAUACUUCGGAUGUUCCUCCUAAUGGCAUUUGGGGUACCCCAGGACACCCAGAACCUUCUGAUGUCCAAGUUCUUAUUGGAGUUAUCUUACUUGCCUUGAACACCCUAAGGAAUGAGAAAGUUAUGCCAACUGAAGAAAAUAUAGUUGGUUGUGUUCGGUGUGGAGAUUCUAAACAUCGGAAUACUGACGUAAAAAAGGUCCUACAUAGUGCCAUCCAGCAGCAAAUGAUAGUGAAGCAUGACUUGGGUAGUUCUGUGCAGUUGUACGUCAGUAAAAAUGAGAAGUUGUGGAAGUAUCUGAGCCCUCUUGGAGGUGAGCCAAAAAAUUAUUCCAACAAAACAUGGGCGGAGAUACAAAGGUUCUUAGGAUCCUCUGAAGGACAAUCUGCAAUACUGUCUUCUCGGUCCAGGUAUGAAGCAGGUCUGGUUAUGAAGCAAAUGUGCUUGAAAGAUCAUCUUCUGGGUGACAUACUCCGGAUUCUAAACCUUUUAAUAACCGCGAAGAAAUGGAUAGCACCUGAUCCAUCAGGAUGGCAACCAAUUAAAAUUACUCUUCCGGAUACAAAUCACACCAGUUCAGCAGUGAAAAAUGAUGAUGAUGGCUCUCCAUGCGAAUUGGGCAAGCUCUGAGGACAUUGGCAGUAUGAAGUGGUUAAUUGGUGAUAGGCCCCUUACCAAUUCGACAAAAUUUCCUUAGGAGUUGCCCCUUUAAAUUUAUGCCGUAUUUUCUACUAACCAAGUGCAACCUCUGCCAUCGUCUCAGAAGGUUCUCCUUGCAAUGAGGUAUUGCAUGCAGGGAGAGUCGGAAGUCAAAUCAAUAUAAUAGAAUAGGUUUGCAGGUAACUUGACAGGUUGUUUUUUUAUCACCGGCGGGUGAUUUUAUGGGAGAUAACUGAUGGAGUAGUUUGUGCACUCAAGCAGCCUCGAGAGCUUAUACCCUCAGCUAGUGGCUUUGUCAUGUUUAUCUCCAAAGGCCAUGGAUGAUAGCACAUGCUGGAUUCUCUUGGGAGUCGCUUGCUGGAGUGAAAGCAUUUGUUGGUUGAUUGUCAGAGUUGAGAAUGAAUCUUCCGUAGCUGUCCAAUUUACCCAGCAUCAGGGGAACUAUAUUUCACCGUUGUCAUGUUAUCUCCAAAGGCCAUGGAUGAUAGCACAUGCUGGAUUCUCUUGGGAGUUGCUUGCUGGAGUGAAAGCAUUGGUUGGUUCAUUGUCAGAGUUGAGAAUGAAUCUUCCAUAGUUGUCCAAUUCACCCAGCAUCAGGGGAACUAUAUUUCACCCUUGUCAUGUUAUCUCCAAAGGCCAUGGAUGAUAGCACAUGCUGGAUUCCCUUGAGAAUCGCUUGCUGGAGUGAAAGCAUUGAUUGAUUCAUUGUCAGAGUUGAGAAUGAAUCUUCCGAAGCUGUCCAAUUCACCCAGCAUCGGGGGAACUAUAUUUCACCAUUGUCAUGUUAUCUCCAAAAGGCCAUGGAUGAUAGCACAUGCUGGAUUCUCUUGGGAGUCGCUUGCUGGAGUGAAAGCAUUGGUUGAUUGAUUGUCAGAGUUGAGAAUGAAUCUUCCGAAGCUGUCCAAUUUACCCAGCAUCAGAUCUGCUCUCUUAGCUUGUGAGGCUCACCGAUUGUAGCAAGGUGGUCAAGACCGUCUCAAAAGGGCCAUCCAAUGCAGAAAUGAAGAGAGAGAACACGGAUACUGUUAUCAUCUCAUGGUUCUCCGGUGAUUAUCGAGAUCAAAGAUGGCUGCAGAUCCAAAUCACUGUUGGUCUAUUUCCAUUAUGUAGUUCUACAAACAAACUGCACUGGAAAAGUGACCGAUGAGAGGGAGCAUCAGGCAUUUGGUACCAAGCGAAAGUUCUGCGGUUUUGGUUGCUUGUUAUUUGAAUGCUAUGAGGAGGCUUCUCUGGGCUCCUUACACGCUGUUCCUGUUAAGGCUGUUCUAUUAUGAUAUUUGUAAAUUUUAGCGUGACUUUGGUAAAUUAGUCAUGUUCUAACUCGGUCCAUGGUACCAGGCUUAUCAAAGGUUGAAGUCAUCAAAGAACCAUCGAACUCAAGGCACUAAUCCUCAUGAGCUGAAGAUAACUAAUUUAUUUUA